AAGAGGAGAGGAGGGGAAAGAAAAGAGAAGGGGGGCUCAAGAAGAGAGGAGUGUAACAGGAAACCAGUCCACCCUUCUCUCCCUCUCUCUCUACCUCUCAAUCUUCUCAACCGCUCUCUUCUCUGUCCCACAGUCAGGCGGUUGGACUAACACCUCUCUUCACUCUCACUGGGGAAGUCCACACAACCCUGUAUUUCUUCACCACGUCUGUGACUACAGCACUCACCCACUCUCUGCUCAGUGAGGAAGCCUUAGAAGGUGGGCUGGUCUGGGUGUCUGUCCUCAGCAGUCAUGGGGAGGUCAGGAGCGCUCUGGGUUUGGCCGUUUGGGACGAGCAUGAGGUUGUUACUUCCCCUCGUCCUCUGUGUCACCGGCGUCCAUGGUCUUUUCCCACCACAGCCACGGGUCUUCCUGUCAUUUCAAGAAUUACAGAAAACCCAGUCUUUUGAAUUCUACACUUUGUCUGAGAAGGCCAUGGACUAUAGAAUCCUUUUCAUGGAUGAGGAUCAAGACCGUAUGCAUGUCGGCUGCAAAGACCAUGUACUCUCGAUGGACAUCAACAACAUCAGCCAGACCACACUGAAGAUCUUCUGGCCGGCAUCCACUAGUAAGGUCGAGGAGUGUCAGAUGGCUGGCAAAGACCCCACACAUGGAUGUGGAAACUUCUUACGAGUGAUCCAGCCAUAUAACAGGACGCAUCUGUUCAUCUGCGGCAGUGGAGCCUACAGCCCAGUGUGUGCAUUCGUUAACCGUGGCAGGCGUCCUGAGGAGCAAGUGUUCCAAAUCUCUUCCAGAGCAGAAUCAGGGAAAGGAAGAUGCUCUUUUAACCCAAAAGUCAACACCGUCUCGGUCAUGCUCAAUCAGGAGCUGUUCUCUGGCAUGCACAUUGACUUCAUGGGGACAGACGCGGCUAUCUUCAGGAGCCUGACCACAAGGAAUGCAGUGAGGACGGACCAACAUAACUCCAAAUGGCUGAGCGAGCCAGUGUUCAUUGAUGCCCAUUUGAUUCCUGAUGGCUCAGACCCAAACGACGCCAAACUUUACUUUUUCCUGCGUGAGAGACUGACAGACAGUAGUGGAAACACUAAGAACAUCCACACUAUGGUGGCUCGAGUGUGCCCUAAUGACACUGGUGGUCAGCGCAGUCUGGUGAACAAGUGGACCACGUUUUUAAAGGCUCGGCUGGUUUGUUCGGUUCUAGAGGCGGACAGUACAGAGACCCACUUUGAUGAGCUCGAGAAUGUGUUUUUAUUGGAGACGGACCGGGGCCUCCUCAUCUUUGGAGUUUUUACCUCUACAAGUUCUGUGUUCAGAGGUUCUGCUGUCUGUGUGUACAACAUGGCCGACGUCCUGACGGUCUUCAACGGACCGUUUGCACACAGGGAAGGACCCAACUUCCAGUGGGUGGCUUUCCAGGGCCGGAUCCCAUACCCACGACCGGGAACCUGUCCUGGUGGCGCGUUCACCCCUCAUAUUCAGAGUACUAAAGAGUUUCCAGAUGAAGUGGUGACAUUUGUGAGGAAUCACCCCGUCAUGUUCAACCCCAUUUACCCGGUUGGCAGGAAACCUCUUGUGGUGCGGACACAUGCCGAUUAUAAAUACACCUCUAUAGCUGUGGACCAGGUCCCCGCUGCAGACGGACACUACCAGGUUCUAUUCCUGGGCACAGAUAAAGGCACAGUACAGAAGGUCGUGGUUCUGCCGUCAAACAGCUCUCUGGAUGAGGAUCUAAUCCUCGAGGAGCUGGAAGUGUUUAAGAAGCAAUCUCCUAUCAACGACCUAAGAAUUUCAUCUAAAAAGCAACAGCUGUAUGUUAGCUCUGAGCAUGGAGUGUCCCAGGUGUCUUUGCACCGCUGCAACGCAUACGGCUCUGCCUGUGCGGACUGCUGUUUAGCGCGGGACCCGUACUGCGCCUGGGAUGGGCUCAGCUGUUCUCGAUUCUACCCUACUGGCAAGAGGAGAAACAGAAGGCAGGAUAUUAUGCAUGGGAAUCCACUGACUCAGUGCAGAGGAUUCAAUCUGAAAGCCUACAGGAAUGCAGUGGAAAUGACUCAGUAUGGAGUCAAAAACAACACCACCUUCCUGGAGUGUCAGCCCAAAUCUCCACAGGCCUCAGUUAAAUGGCUCAUUCAGAGAGACAACGAUCGAAGGAAAGAGGUGAAGCUGAGUGAUCGUGUAGUGUCCACCAAUCACGGUUUGCUCAUCCGUUCAGUGCAUUCUUCAGAUAAGGGUGUGUAUUACUGCCUAGCCACAGAGAAUGGCUUCAAGCGCACACUUGCUAAAAUCCGUCUCCAGAUUCUGAGCGAAACUCUGGUCAGCACUCUGAGCAAUAAAUAUUCUCCCUGGGGCUGGGCAGCCUCACUGCACCCUAAAGCCCUGGUGUCGGCCUUCAGCCCUGCUGAGACAUUGGCCAUGCAACAAUACUGCAAGGAACGCAAACAGAUGCAGAGUCUGCAGAACAUACAGAGCCCCAUGAGAGGCGAGCUGGGUAAACUCAAACCCUUGCUGGACCACAGGAAGAGCAGGAACCGCCGGAACCACUGACUACAGGAAUAGAGUUGAAAUGUAAAGUAAGGAGAUCGAAGCACAGAUAAUGAAAAAGAAGGAGAUGGCUAGAGAGAUGAUGAAAAGGAAUAAAGACAUGCAUCAGGAGAGAACCCGGAUGGAAAAUAAAGAAGGAGAACGUUGGAGAAGACUCCUCUGUUAUGAACCUCAUUUGUUGUUUUUCUUCAAACUUAAAGCAUCUCAGGUGCUUCCUGUAUGGCAGUCUUAUAUACAUGACACCCAGAGCAGAGGACUCUGAGACACCCUCACACACAGGCACUCAAGCCAAUUUAUGUUUCAAGCUGCAUUAUACAAGAUGCCAUAUCUGUCAUACAGUAGUAUUGUUGUCAUUUUAUAGGCAUGUGACAUUUCAGAACAAACGAUGAAGUAAUACAAUGUCCUUCAAGUCCCAAUGAAAUAGCUCAUGAGGACAGGGUUUUUUCUGGGUUUUUAUUCUGUUUUGAUUUAUUUCCUAGUUGGGGCGGGACAUAUGGAGAGGCUAAUCCCUUUUUUAACAGCCUUUAGUUUACAUUACAGACAUGAACUUUUAUUUAUUCUUGCUAAUGCUAGUGAAGUAUUGCCAAAUGGGACAGUCUCAAUCUAUAGUGCAUUUCAUUGGACAUAAAUUUGGAUAUACCCUUUAGUGCAAGCGGAGUCAUCAGUAUUUUGGUUUGUUUACUGGAAGAUAAAGACUGUAAAUUGCAAAUGCUAACGAUUUCUCAAAAUUAAGACUACAUAAGCUAAAAGACAUGGACAAAAAAAAUACACAGAAAUUCAGUUUCUAAUGCAUAUCUUAUUAGAUAGGCAUCAUUAGAGUAUUUUGUUAACUUAUAGAUGUAAACUUGAAUUAGAUUUAGCUUCUAAGUGAAAAGAAAUUCACCAAAAUCCACAAAAUCUCAGUAUUGAUUUCUUCUACGUUCUCUUUAAUAUCCUUGCAGAACAUUGGGAUUAUAAAUACGUUUAUUCUAGCAAUCCAAAUUUGAUUUACAUGACAUGUUUAGGCCAAGCAAUUUUGGAAAAUUUACAUUAAUGAAACAAAUGUAUCAAUUCUAC